GUUUUCUAUGCAUCUUAAUUCUAACCUCUACCUCAUUCGUAGUUCGGUCAACAUUCCCACGUUCUGUUAUUUACUUCUAUAUAAAAGAAUAUAUCCUAAAUCCGUUGAAAAUGUAUUUGAUGUACUACUUAGACAGCAAUGGCAAAAGGAUAUAUACAUUGGAGAAAACAUCACCAGUUGACGGAAAACCAACUUUCUCAGCUCAUCCUGCAAGAUUCUCACCAGAAGAUAAGUACUCCAAACAGAGAGUCAUCAUAAAAACAAGGUUUGGUUUAUUGAAGACACAACAACCAGCUCCAGUGUAUUAGCUUGUAAUAUGAAAAAAAUGUAUAUAAAAAGUUGAUUGAUUUGA